AUGAAGAACCAAGGUGUGGAGACCAAGGCAGCCCCACGGCCCAGCAGCACCUCCAAAGCAAGCAGUGGGAUGGGGCUGGAGGAGGGAGACUCUCCAGAGGCUGCAGCACCCCCAGAAGCUCCUCUCACCCAGGAGGACUCCAAGCCCUCCCGAAGUGCCGUGCGCGACGUCUCCGAGGAGCUGAGCCGACAGCUCGAGGACAUCCUCAACACCUACUGUGUGGAUGCCAGGCAGGAGGGCCCAGGGGAGGACGGGGGGCAGGGGGAGCCCCCCGAGCCUGAGGAGCCUGAGAAGGGCUGCAGUGAGUCCCCCAGGAACGGGGAGCAGGAACCAGUUGGCCCCGAGAUGAACGGGGAGAAGGAAAGCACCAAAGGCACUGAGGAAUUCCGACCCGGAGAGGAAUGUGGGGACAGGGAUCAGAAGAAAGCUCAGGAGAAGAAGAAAGCCAAGGGUUUAGGCAAGGAAAUCACUUUGCUGAUGCAGACACUGAACACCCUGAGCACACCAGAGGAGAAACUGGCAGCACUGUGCAAGAAAUACGCUGAGCUGCUGGAAGAGCACCGUAACUCCCAGAAGCAGAUGAAGAUCUUGCAGAAGAAGCAGACACAGCUGGUGCAGGAGAAGGAUCACCUGCAGAGUGAGCACAGCAAGGCCAUCCUGGCACGCAGCAAACUGGAGAGUCUGUGCCGAGAGCUCCAGAGGCACAAUCGUACCCUCAAGGAGGAAGGUGUCCAGCGCGCGCGGGAGGAAGAGGAGAAGAGGAAGGAGGUGACAUCCCACUUUCAGGUGACUCUGAAUGACAUCCAGCUCCAGAUGGAGCAGCACAACGAGAGGAACUCCAAGCUGCGCCAGGAGAACAUGGAGCUGGCAGAGAGGCUCAAGAAGCUCAUUGAGCAGUAUGAGCUGAGGGAGGAGCACAUCGACAAGGUGUUCAAGCACAAGGACCUGCAGCAGCAGCUGGUGGAUGCCAAACUGCAGCAGGCCCAGGAAAUGCUGAAGGAGGCAGAGGAGAGGCACCAGAGGGAGAAGGACUUUCUGCUGAAGGAGGCUGUGGAAUCACAGAGGAUGUGUGAGCUGAUGAAGCAGCAGGAGACCCAUCUCAAGCAGCAGCUGGCUCUGUACACAGAGAAGUUUGAGGAAUUCCAGAACACCCUCUCCAAAAGCAGUGAAGUGUUCACGACAUUUAAACAGGAGAUGGAGAAGAUGACUAAGAAAAUCAAGAAGUUGGAGAAGGAAACCACCAUGUAUCGCUCCCGCUGGGAGAGCAGCAACAAGGCUCUGCUGGAGAUGGCAGAAGAGAAAACCCUGCGGGACAAGGAGCUGGAAGGUCUCCAGGUGAAGAUCCAGCGCCUGGAGAAGUUGUGCCGAGCGCUGCAAACGGAGCGGAACGACCUCAGCAAGAAAGUGCAGGACCUGUGUGCCCACACACCCCGGGCAGAGCCUGACCUGCUGGAGCCCUUGAAGGACAGCUCAGAGGUGGCAGGAGCUGCUCAGGAUUGUCUCAGCUCGGGGAAGGCCCCACAGAGCCCAGAUCCUGCGGAGAACCUGCGGGAACUGAGCGCAGGGGCCGCGGGGCAGAGCGGGACCGAAGGCUCUGGGGGCACUGACUGA